GCCAUCUUCGUCAUUCUUCCUGCACUUCGUAGUUGAGAGUCUCAAGUGCCGGCAAUUUGUACUCGUCAGCCCCCUUGCCAGACGGCUCACGGACCAGGCAGAAGAAGUCAAAUCUCUAGUCCGGUCUAUUGGUAGUUCUAGAACGACUAGACCCUGGUCGACUGUCGCAUACUGAUCGACCACCGCUUUUUUCCUUCCUUUCCUUCUCCCCCUUUGUUUGCAACCACAACCGUCACGAUGCACUCUGAAAACCUCAAGCCCUUCCGCUACAUCCCCCUAUCCUACAACCAUGCCGACUCUCAUGCCUCCGCUCUGAGGCUCAUUCUGACACUCAACCCACACUGGGAGGGACGCGACAACAAGAUCGAAUUUGUGCGAUUCACGGAUGGUAUCACCAAUACUCUUCUUAAAAUCGUCAAUCGCAAGCCCGGUUUAACCGAGGAGCAGAUAGACCAUGAGGCUGUACUGAUGAGAGCGUACGGUAACCACACAGAGAUCCUCAUAGACCGCGAAAGAGAAACGAGCUCCCAUGCUCUCCUUGCCAGCCAUGGCUUAGCCCCUCCUCUUUUGGCCCGCUUCAACAACGGUCUCCUGUACCGCUUCAUCCGCGGCCGGCCAGCUAGCCACGAGGACCUGGUAACGCCGUUUGUCUGGCGCGGCGUGGCCCGGAGACUUGCGCAGUGGCAUGCAGUGCUGCCCAUUAAAGGAGCGGCCGCUCCCACCGAACCCGUCGAGGAUGUGCCCCUUAUGCAACAAGUAAACAUGGACACGGCCGACUGCCGAAUGCUGAAGCAGGAGGACAUCUCGGUGAUCACGCCCAAGCAGCCGGGCCCGAGUAUGUGGAGCGUCCUCCAGCGAUGGAUCCUGGCGCUCCCCACGACCACGGAGGAGCAGCGCAAACGGAGACUCGGUCUGCAAAAGGAGCUUGAGCAGGUCGUUAGCGAACUAGAUGAUGGAAAAGGCCUGGGUGAAGGCGGACUGGUCUUUUCUCACUGCGAUCUUCUCUGCGCCAACGUCAUUGUGUUACCCGAAAGCGCCGACUCGGACGAGGCCACUGUCAACUUUAUUGACUACGAGUAUGCCACUCCCUCGCCUGCUGCCUUUGACAUUGUCAACCACUUCGCCGAAUGGGGUGGCUACGACUGCGACUACAACAUGUUGCCCACCCGUUCUGUGCGGCGUGAAUUCUUGAGCGAAUACGUCCGGAGCUACAGCCACCACAAGGGCAUCCCCGAAUCUUCCCAUGCAGAAAUCGUGGACCGUCUCUGCGAGGACGUCGACCGAUUCCGCGGUAUUCCCGGAUUAUACUGGGGCGUCUGGUCACUCAUCCAAGCCCAAAUCUCACAAAUCGACUUCGACUACGCAUCCUACGCCGAAGUCCGUCUUGGAGAAUACUACGCCUGGCGUCGGGAGCUGGACGGGUCACGGGCACAAGCCAACGAAGAGAUGCCUCUCCGGGAGCGACGAUGGGCUCAGGAAGCUUAGCUUACCUGCAUCUCACAUUGCCCGUUAUGCUCCCACUACCGCCACCAAAAUGUAUAUCUCUUGGAUUUGUUGACAUAGCAAGCGAUGAACGUUCCAGCGACAGCAUAGUUGAAGUCUGACCAUCAGUCAGGGUUCAACAAGAUCUUUUGUUGAUGAGUGUGGCGUGGUAGACAACCAGGGGAGCUAUGAAGUAGAGGAUGGGAUGGGUACAAGGAUACAGGAUGACAUAUUCUGCUUACUUUUGAUUUCAUUUGUCUUCGAUCCAGUUGGUGGGUUUGCUUACAGAAACUCGGUUGGGAUAGAUGGCUAUCCAGCACUGGCUUUAUUCAUGUCUAUAGUUACCGUUAGUUAUUGAUUGGUAGAUAAUGUAAUCAACAUUUGUCGUUACUAAG